CUAAAACUCACGUUCUAUCGACUUGCUAAGUACGAAGCAGCAGAGCAGAGCCAAACCCACAACACCAAAGAACACAGCACGCAGCACAGAAGCCAACCCAACACACGGACAGGCGCCGCCCCGCCGUCCCUGUCGCCGGCGAGAUGGCUUCGUCGGCGGCGUACCCUGACGCGGACGAGAACCUGGAGGCCAUUAUCUCCCGCAUCGAGCAGAAGUCCCGCAAGAUCGAGACCCUCCUCAAGCAGUCGAAGCCGGUGGAGGCCCUGAAGACGGCGCUCGAGGGCUCGCCCCUCAAGACCCGCGACGAGCGAUGCAAGUCGGCGAACUGGAUCGUGGUGCACCGCGCGAUGAUGGCGAUCAGGGACGUCGACGGCAUGUUCAACUCCCUGGAUCCAGAGUACUACGACAUCCUCAUGAAGUACCUUUAUAGAGGUUUAUCUACAGGGGACAGGCCAACAUGUGACCAGUGCCUCAAAAUUCAUGAAAAACUGACUGAGAAGGCAGGCUUAGGAUGUAUAUUGCGGUCACUUGCUGAUACUGUAAACACUGUGUGAGCUUGGUCUCCGCGGAGGGCACAUGGACAGCACAAAGUUUGCUCCCUGCACUUUGCUGUGAAAUAUCACAUCAAAGGCAAAAUAGUUGGAUGGAAAAAAUUUAACAAGAUGUUUUAGUUGAUCUCCUUUUCUUUGCCGUCUGGCAAUUUCAGGUAGACCAUCAUGGUACUAGAAUGGCUGAAGAUCUGUAGUAGUAUGUUGUUUUCAACUCCUGUACCAGAACGUUUGUUUCCACUACAGUAAAAAUUGAAGGGGAUUUCUGUACCAUCAGAAGUGACUAGAAGUCUGGAACAGAUGGAUUUUUGUCUCCGAUUGUUUAGUUUCUAACUUCUGGUUUUGUUCUGGAUCCUAAAUGCAAAUUAUAUGACUA